AUGCCCAGGACAUCCGAGUACCACGAUGAUUUCGAGCUAGUCCCUUACGAGGACGACAACAUCAGCACCUGGGAAGAGCCGGACUCGCCCCUCCCACUGCCAGAAAGUGACGACCUUCAGCCAAGGAGAGAGGACGACGACAUAGAGAGUGCCCGGCCCAGGUGGCUUCGGAAUAGGCCAACUUGGUCCAGAUCGUGGUUGCAGAGAGCCAACGACAGAAUGGAUGACCUUCGGCCGAGAUGGCUUGAUGGCCGGCAGUCUUCGUGGCUGGAGAAGGUUACGAAUAUCCUUAAACCGAGACUGACGGUUGGGUACAUUGUCUGUGCCAUAAUAGCGGUAUACGUCCUUUAUUGCUACAUCGUCUGGUCGCCACUUUUUGCCUCAAGGCUACCGCAGAGUACGGGACCCCAUGAGGUGGGCGCAAUCGAUGUCGAGGUGCCUGUCGGAGAACCACGGAAGAUUGUUGAUACUGUCUUUCGCAAAGAUGGAAAACAUGCCUUCCAGCUGGAUACGGUCCUUUUCACAUUGUACUAUCCCGCCACGAAGGGGGCCAGAAGCUCGAAGCCAAAGCACAAGUGGUUUCCGAAGCCAAUCGGUUUGAUUGCGGAGGGUUAUGCUACAGCAGCACAUUUUAACAACUUCUUUUCAAGACCUUUGUUCACAUUUGCGUUGUGGGGCUUGGCUAGUUCGAUCGAUAUCCCUGCGAAGGUGGAUGUGCCUCUGUUAGGACAACCUCAGGAUGAUGGAAGGCCUUCUGAGAAGUACCCAGUCGUCGUCAUGUCGCACGGCGACGUCAGCUCUCGCACUGACUACACAGCAUACUGUGGUGAGCUUGCCAGUCGUGGUGUCGUGGUUGCAGCGAUCGAACAUCGGGAUGGAAGUUGUCCAGGAUCGGUAGUACACUUGCCCGAUGGCAAGAAGAGGAACGUUCUCCUCUUCCGAGCAGAUCAGCUGAAACCAGAGAAGCCUAGCGAGGAACUUUCUAACGAUGACUGGCGGUUCCAGAAGCUCGCAUUUCGCGAUGCCGAGAUAUCGGAGACCAUAUCUGUCCUGCAGCGCCUCGGCAGGGGAAACGGACAAGAAGUCUUCACUCAAAACUACCGCAAGGAAGGCAAGGACCUGGAGCUUUGGAAAGAUCGCCUGGACUUCUCGCACUUGGCGAUAGCUGGCCACUCUUUCGGUGCCACGGGCGCAUUGCAAGCACUCGGGAGUGCGAACAAGACGUCACCAGAAUCAAAAGCAAACAGCAAUCCCGCUAUUGGAGGUAUCAUUCUCGAUCCGGGCAAGUCCUCCGGCAAGCUGAACACAGAUAUUGACGUCCCUCUCCUCAUCAUCCACUCCAACUCAUGGUCGAAGGCGCUCACAAUCUUCUACGGCCGUCCACAUUUCGACACAGUCCGGGAUAUCGCACUGGACGUCCUUACGCGAUGUGGUGCGACGUGGUUCAUGACCAGCUUGAAGACUUCGCAUCCGAGCGUGACUGAUGCGCCUUUGAUUGAGCCAUUGUUACUUUCUUGGACGACUGGAGCGACUAUCGAUGUGCAUGAAGGUUUGAGGGAGUAUGUCAGAGUUAGCAUGGAGUUUUUGAGGUAUUUGAAAGAUGGGAGCAGAGCGGGUGUUCUCGAUGUGGGUGUUACGCAUGAGCAGUAUGGUAAUGAUACUAGGAGCGACGAACAGAAGGAGAGGAUGGAGAAGGAUAUUACGAAGUUUUGGGAAGUGCAUGUGGCGCCACCGCCGGGGUUUGCAGAGGGUUUGGGGAAGUGA